GGGCCAGGUUCCUUUGUCCCAUGGAGCCGCCGGCGCAAAGCCCGGUCGCACUCGUAGAUAUUUUUCUUUCCCCUUUUCUUGACUUCUGGCCUGGGAAACGCUGGCAUAAUGCACACUUUUAGCAGCAGAAAGCUGUCCACUGCUUUACUCAUUGUUUGCACGGUGAUCUGGUUUUCAUGGUCGGAAAACGGCGGUGGUUUCUGGAUUCCUUCCGCAAGGGGCCCUGCCAACGACGAGUCGCUGCUCGAUAAUAUGAUCAGAAAUGCUACCUUAGGGUUCGAGAAGAUAUUUGCGAUCGGCUUCAAGCAGCGCACCGAUAAGCACGAUGCGAUCGCUCUGGCGGCAUCAUAUACGGGGUUGGAAGUGGAUUGGCUUGAAGGCGUAAGAGCAGCCGAAAUACCUCCGAAAGCAUUACCAGCUGUAUGGACGGAGGAGAAGCACCGCGAUAAACCCGCCGAGCUGGGAAGUUGGCGCGCCCACAUGAAUGCUUUGCGGCAUAUCGUGGAAAGUAGAAUCGGCAGCGCAGUCCUUAUGGAGGAUGAUUCGGACUGGGAUGUGAACAUCAAGGCUCAAAUGGUCGAAUUUGCACGAGGAACCCGGGCGCUUCAGGGAGCCAAGGGGGUCCCAUAUUCCCCAUAUGGCGACGAUUGGGAUAUGCUAUGGCUGGGACAUUGCGGGAUAAAUUCGCGAGGCGAGCCGAAGUUCUACGUGAUCCCUAAUGAUUUGACCGUAACCCCGCGACCUCACCAAAACGAGUUUGUCCGCCCAGGGCUAGCAGACGACCCGAACUUCGAGAGCCAUCGCCUUGUAUUCUAUGGGGAUAAUGCUAUCUGCUCCUGGGCAAUGGCAUUCACAUACGAGGGUGCCCGUAAGGCAUUGACAGCAUUAUCAUACGUCGGCAUUGACGAGCCCGUUGAUCUGGGGUAUAACUUCUUGUGCACUAACAUUCUAAAAGUCCCGUAUAGAUGUCUAUCAACUUUUCCAAGUUUAAUGGGCACCUGGGCACAACGUGGGCCAGCUUCGCGAGACUCGGAUAUCACCGACGGCGACGAUACGUGGCAUGAAGCAAGCUCCCGUUCUCUCACCUAUAGCACCAUGCUAAACAUUUUACCACUUGCGAAUAACGAAACGACGAUACACGCACAAUGGGAUGAUGUGCCGGCGCCGAAAAUCGAUCUUGCGACGGUUGAGAUACCCCAUGGUUAUUUGUACAUUCCCGAUUCUGCAUGAAUGUCCUAUCGGCUUUGCCUUUAACCCUUGUUUAUUUCUUUUUUAUUCCUUAUUGAAGCGAUUUCCCUUAUGUGCCAAGAUUAUAUGAUUACUAUUGUGAAAAUUGACGAAAGGUGGACAAGUCAGCAGUAUGAAUAUGGAUUGCCCUUUGUCACUCAUUCUUAGACCAUGCAUAAGUUUUGAACAACAAAAUGAGCUCUACUUGCUUCAGCAUAGAUUUCCUGUCUUCGUUUAUCUUUGUUCAACAGGAGGGUCAAUAUGUUCAGCUAUCAGAAGUAACAUGUAGCUAGUCCGCAUUUAGUAUGGCUGAAGGUCUAGUCUUUGACAUAAACGCGAUGCAACAGGAGUGAUUAUGUAGUUUUAUUACGACAACUUCAACAUAAAACGAGGUUUGACUUGCUGCCGCUAGCAGAGCCAAAU